GUUGAUUCCGUCAGUCUCUCGUAGUUCUUAGGGUGUGUCCUGUUUCGGUCAGAGAGAAAAAAGGUAUAUUGGACGUCGGAGUGAAGUUAACAACCAUUUCGAACGCGAUAGGACUAGAUACACAGACACUAAUACUGUACAAAGUUCACGGACAAUGGGCUCAUCUCGAAUACUUUCCUGCUUAUUGUUGCUCGGUUGCGCUUGUGCACAAAAUGUGUCUCAAGUUAAAACACGAGGGUUCAUCGGGGUGGUUGACCCUCAGGAUGCCGACCGCGUUACAGUGGCCAAGGCGACCGCGGACACGCUGCGGAGCAGUCUGACCACGGUGUUCCUCCCCAUCGUCUACAUAGUGGUGUUUGCUGUGGGGCUGCCCACCAACGCCAUGGCCAUCUGGGUCUUCCUUUUCAGGACCAAGAAGAAGAACCCUUCCGCCAUCUACAUGGCCAACCUGGCUCUGUCCGACCUGCUCUUUGUCAUCUGGACUCCCCUGAAGAUCGCCUACCACUUCAACGGCAACGACUGGGUCUAUGGAGAGGGGCUGUGUAAAGUCCUGGUGGGCUUCUUCUACGGAAACAUGUACUGCUCCAUCCUCUUCAUCACCUGUCUGAGUGUGCAACGUUACUGGGGUGUUGCCCAUCCUCUAUCUCAGCAGAGGAAGAACAACAAAUUGGCCGUUGCCGUCUCCGUCUCUAUCUGGGCCUUCAUCUGGCUCACCACUACCCCUCUGUACCUGUACAACCACACUGCCAAGCUCAAGGACCCCAACAUCACCACCUGCCAUGACGUCAACAUCAUCCAUGACCUGGAUAACCCCUUCCCUGACGUAGCUCUCCCCUACUUCUACUUUGUCCUCAUGGCCGGCAUCGUGUUCAUGGUUCCCUCGCUGGUCAUCAUCCUGGCCUACAUCCUCCUCCUCAAGGCUCUCGGGAACGCCAUGGCGGACGGGAGCGCCGGGAAGAACCGUCAGAAAGCCGUGGUGCUGAUCGUGACCGUGCUGGUCACCUUCCUGGUGUGUUUCAUCCCCAGUAACAUCAUGCUGGUCGUCCACUACUCCCUCCUCAAAGAUGGGGUGGUGAACAACGGCUACGGCUUCUACGUCACCACUCUGUGUCUGGCCAGCCUCAACAGCUGUCUGGAUCCCUUCAUCUACUACUUUGUGUCGAAGGACUUCAGGGACCAUGUGAAGAACACACUGCUGUGUAGAAGCAGCAGGACGGUGGAGAGGAUGAGGGUUUCCUUCAGCUCCAUGAAGUACUCCAAGAAGAGCAAGGCCUACGUGUCUGAGUCUGGGAACACACAGAGCAGUACCUGCUGAUAAUGGAUGGCAGCCAUUCGGAUGACUAGGGAAAGACACUAGGAGAGGGUCGUUGAAAAGACGAUCUGUGGACUGUGAUGCACUGGAACUGGCUGUAUGUGACUUGUAAAAAUGAAGAGACUAAAGGGGUCUCUCCUAUAACAGUUGUGAAAUAGAAUAAUUUACAAGAAAGGGAACAUGAUGGUGUGUUAUUGUGUGGGACAGACAAACAACCUGACCUCUCACAGGACCAGGACUUAAGGACAUCGAGUCCAGAAGAGGAGAAAAUGGGUCUCAGCUCAGUAAGCAAACCACAGAAAGAGGAACUAUAUUUCUUAUCUGUCUAACAAAUUGUCAAGAGGAGCUUUAGUACGUUUUAAAUUAGGACUUUGGCCACUGCUGAGUUACCUUACACAGACUACUAGUGAAAAUGGGCGAAUAUAUAUAUAUAUAUCCUGGACUUGUUACUCCUUUUGUGAUUUUCAUAUGAAUGUAUUUAUCACAAUUCUUGACAAGCCGUUAGAGGACAAAUGUGAAAGAUGUAAAUAUGUAGUUAGAUAUUGUCUUAAUGUGAAGAUCAAGAGGUCAAACAACAAUGCAUAUUGGACUUGUUAUUGCCUAGCACAUGGUAAACAACAUGUUUUAUGAAAUCCCCAAAUAGAGACUUUUACAUUGUGCCUUGUAGUGCUAAAGUAAAGGAAUGUGGUAUCAAAUGUAAUGCAGUUAGGUGAAAAGUAUUGAUUAUUAUGGUGAUGAGUUACCCAUAUUUUAGAGGGGCGGUGUUGGAGCCAAACUGGCUUUAAGUCUAUAAUCUAUAUAUCCUCACUGUUCUAUGCCUUUAUACUGUAUAUUCGCCUCAGUGAGAUCAUAGGCUGUAGGCUAUACACAUUAACACUGCUCAUUUUUUACCUUUUGUUCCAUUGUUUUAAGCCAUUAAAAGUUUGUUUUAAGUUUGUUUCUUAAAUGUAUGACAUACAAUAAGCUAAUGGUUUUAGCUAGUUUCUAUUGUUCUUAAAUGUGUAACUUUUGUCUCUGUUGCGUAACCCUUAUCACAUUCCAAUGCCCUGGUGCUCAUGGGACUGGGUAGACUGAAUCACUCCUCACAUGACUGGUGGAAAAUUACGAGUCAUUGUCUGUGAUUAUAGUCUUCUUCAUUCACAGGUUGGAAUUUGUGGAAUGUGUCAUGGUGACUUUGUGUGACAAUCUGAGGACAGAUGUUUCUGUGGAUCAGUUGACAGUUUUUUUUCAUGAAGGUCAAUAAAUCAACGCAACUGUGAAACUA